AAACGUGUUCAAGAUACCGAACGUCAACGCAACGCACCGCUUCAGCUGGAACGAAUAGUUUCGGUUUAGUUCAGUUCAGUUUCAGUCGCAAGCGUGUAAGUGACAUUCUCUGUGUAUUAUUUCAGUGAGUUGUAGCAUGUGAUUCUCGUGUGAUUGUGUGUAGGCCUACAUGGAGCAAUCUUCCGGUGCUCCAGUGUUGUAUCUGUUCGAAAAAAUGAGGAGCCACAGUGAAUUGUUUUGGUGAUUGUGUGUUUAUGUUGAAUGAUGUCAAUAAACUAUGGGUUGGACUUUCAGAAAUCCAUCCAUCAUCUGCUAUUUAACAGUGAUGACCAUGUUUAUACUUGGCAUUUCAGUUCCGUCGUCGGCGAAAUUGCAAGGUACAUCUGCGGAUGCGUAUCUCUUUAGAUAUGGUCUCUUAGAAGGUCAACAGCAGCAGCAGUGCGGCAAAAGCUGCCUGAAGUGCGACUCGCGUCACAAUGGCACCGAUGGUGGGGGGAGCGGCGAAGGGGAAGCGAGGUGCAUCAAGUGCAGUCAGCUGAUUGUGCUGCACUCUCGUGUCUGCGUCGACUCCUGUCCUCCCGGCUACACAGAGGAGUUCUCCUCUCUAGUCGACUACAUGGGCCGCGUUUGUAAAGAAAGUCUGUUCCUGGGCGGCAUAGCUCUCUCGGGCCAGACCCUGGCGAUAGUGGUGGGUGCCCUGGUGGGAACUGUGAUCUGCUUCAUCCUGGUGCUGAUCGCCGGCAUUUGUGUCAAGUACCGGCGCUACAGAGCUUUCAGAGCCAAGCAGCGCGACUCGCUCAGUCUCUCGCACUUGACUGGCACGCAGAGGAGUCAGGAUAGCGACGACUCGGAGCGGCCAGAAUUUCUGAAGCUCCUGGCUUCCCUGAGGCCAGAUGCCCCUGUCUUCCUAGCCAUGUUGAACGAGACUAGGAGGCAAGUUCGUGAUCUCAGACGACCUAGUCGUCAGGAUUCAGCAAUACAGGCUUACAAGCCGGUAUUGAAGGAUCUCUCCCGUAUUCUUAUCCUAUUAAAUAGGAGAGAAGAAAGGAUAGUAACUCCUCCAGCUGAUUGGGAGACUCUAUUAGCAUGGGGAGAAAGAGUUCUUAGGCGUUAUAAGAAACAAAAUCCCAAUCAGGUAGCACAAUUAGUCAGUUUCCUGCAAGUGCCAGUGCAGACGCAUCACCCCCCACCGCCCUCACCCUACCCGGCUCAGCUGACUACCUUCGCGGCAUCCCCCUCCCCCGCACCCUCCACCCAACCACCUCCCUCGACACCAUCUCCCGUCGCCAUGGCAACCAGCCGCAUCAAGCCCAACUUCCAGCAGCUGGCCAUAUCCGCCUUUGACAACAACUACAACAGUCGGUCGAAUAGUAACAGAAAAUCAGAAGACGAUAUGAGGCCCAACACAGCAGCCUCCCUGCUACAGCAGCCGUCACUCAUAGACUCCGGUGUGGACUUCAGCUCCAACUGGGAGUUCAACCCCAACAACUACACCAUCCUGGCAGAGUGGUCGGCCACCACUGACGACAACAGUCCAACCGAUUACUCAGAGUUCGCCACCACUGACGACGAUGACUUCUUCACGCUCGGUUUCAGGCCGCAGGACGAAAUCACAACUGAAUUAUGAUAUCAACUGAAAAUUAUUUGCCAAAUUUGUUCAAAUUUAUGAUCACAACUGUACAGUAUAAUGAUGAACUAUAUUAGACUCAAUGUAACGGUGAUGUAAAUAAUUGUAUCCAACAGGAAAUCUGUGACAUUGGAUUUUUAGUGAGAUGAGUAAACAAAAUUAUGAUUAAUCUGUUGCAUAUCCAUACUUUUUCACUAUUAAAAUUAAACUUGAAUUUCAAAAGUACGAUCAUCAUCAGACAGUCUAUUUAACUCCAUACCGGUAAGUGGUUUUAAAAUUCAAGUUGAAAGUUAUGAUAUUAACUGAAUAUAAUUUGCGAAAUAUGUUAAAAUUUAUGACCAUAUAACUGUACAGUAUUAUGAACGAUAUUAGAAAACGAUAUUAAUUUUUCUAACAAGAAAUCUGUGACAUUGGAUUUAUUUAGUGAGACGACAAACCUAAAUUAUAUGGUAUCAACCAGAACUUAUUCAAGAAAUAUGAUCGAAUUCAUGACCAUAAGCAUAUAACUGUAUACACUAUCAUGAACGAUGUUAGAUCAUUUUAUCGGUGAAGUAGAUUUUAUUCCAAAAGCAAAUCUGUGACAUUGGAUGUAUUUAGUGGGAAGAUAAACCUCAAAAGAUGGAACCGUAAUGAUGUAAUGUACUCAUACUAAUUAGGGAUAGUUGGUCAAAUUUAUGAUCAUAACUGUACAGUAUAACGAAUUAAAUGAAAUUAGUAUCAUUGUAUCGGUGAAUCAGUAACGUAGCCAGGAUUUUAAAGGGGUGGGUUGUCCAAAAUAUUGUGCUCUUAUGGAAAGCCCCCUGUAAAUUUGAUGAGGAGGGGUGUUAUCUUGGAUUUUUUAGGCUCAUGGGGUAUGGGGGGGGGGGUUGUGGCCUGUUAUGUAACCUGGAAGCACCCCUCACCCACAUCGGAACGCCACUGGGUGAAGUAGAUUUUAUUCAAACAGGAAAUCUCUGACUUCCUGAUUUCAAGAGAAAACUGUCAUUCUGUAUUAGAGCUGGUGUAAAUCGACUUACUAUGAAUUCUUAAUACAGAAGUUGAUAGUUCCAAGUAUGAUUUUGAAGAUUGACUGCGUGAUUUCGGGAGAAG